CUGUGUGCCACAGCUGGAAUCCUGCACGUUGGCGGAAUGGACCUGUCCUGGGCCACGCAAGAGAGUGAGGCGGUGGCAGAGAAGGUGCUCCGGUACCGGCGAGACGCGUCGGGCUGGAAGAAGUGCCGGGAAGGCAAUGGAGUUUCAAUUUCCUGGAGGCCAUCUGAGGAGUUUCCAGGGAAUCUGUACCGAGGAGAAGGGAUUCUGUGUGGGACACCAGAAGAGGUGUGGGAUUGCGUAAAGCCAGUUGCUUCAGGCCUCCGGGAGAAGUGGGAUGAUAAUGUGAGCAGCUUUGAAAUUGUUCAGAGCAUCACGGAUAUGCUGUGUGUGAGCAGAACCUCCACACCCUCAGCUGCCAUGAAGCUUAUUUCUCCCAGGGACUUUGUGGACUUGGUGCUGGUGAAGAAAUAUGAGGAUGGCACUAUCAGCUCCAAUGCUACCCACGUGGAACAUCCAUUGUGUCCCCCAAAGCCCGGUUUUGUGAGAGGAUUUAACCAUCCAUGCGGGUGCUUCUGUGAACCACUGCCAGGGGAGCCCAACAAAACCAACCUGGUUACAUUCUUCCAGACAGACCUGAGUGGCUACCUCCCUCAGAGCGUGGUGGACUCCUUCUUCCCUCGAAGCAUGGCUGAGUUCUACCCCAACCUUCAGAAGGCGGUGAGGAAGUUCCAUCACUGACAGUCGCCUAUUGGCAGGGAUCACCUAUGGUCCUUCAGGAACUCCAGCUGUUGAGCCUCAAAGAACACGGAAGAGCCGCUGUGGCCUUUUGAGAUGCCACAGUAAACGGCAACUCUCAGGGUUCCAUUCCAGAGGAGCAGCCCAUCCCCCCACACCGCCCUCCCUCCUCUUGGGCUUAGUGUGGAAGGAGCUAACCGUCAGCUUGACGUGGUGCACACAUAGGCCUGGCAGGCCAGGGCAGGUCCCACUAUGGCCACCUGAGAGAUGGCUCAAGUACUCUUUGAUUCCUUGUGGUCCAGAGCCCUGUGUGCUGGUUGCUGUCACACACCUUGUCCCUGUGUGGGUCUUAAAGAACCAUCAUCCAUUGUGGCCGCUCAAUCCUGCUUCCUCUGGCAUCUGGAGUCCCCAGACUCCUGUGUUCCCUUUCUGAUAUGCUUUUGUAUACAAAUUUUUAGCACAAGACUUUCCCCCUUUACAAAAGUGUCAACUUGGAAAAUGAUGUUUUAAACCACAGGAUAAGCCUUAAGGAAAAACACCUUCAAUCUACCUUUUGUGAUAUCUCCCAUCCUAUCUGUUUCUGGGUUAAGGUUCGCCUCCCCAUGAAACCAUUUUGUAACUGCCUCAGGCCAGUUUGUAUCUUUGGGAAGGAGUGUGAGUUCUUGUGACCCCUGUGGGUGACUCUAAGCGGGGCCAGCUGUUCCUGUGUGCCUGCUGGACUCUGGGGAGGCAAGCCCCCUGGCAUGUACCCCAUUGUGCCCUCAGUCAUGAUAGUGAGGCAAGAAUGCUGGGGACUCCUGGCCCCCUCAGGCUUUGCUGCCAUUAGGGAGGAGGGAAGAAUGUCUGCUAUGCUGUGCAACUGGGCACGCCUAUAGUAUCUGACACUGACCACAAGGCCUGCCAUUCCUUUAGGGACAAAGGGUAUCUCCUUAGCCCUCCAAAUAAAUUUAGAUCCUUGUUUUCCAUCAGAUGGAGAAAGGAAAGAUCUCUGUUGGCUGACAUCGUACCCUCACAGUCCAGCUGCUCCCCUCUAGUAGAUUUUAAUAAUGUUAAUAAUUCUCCUGCUCUUUCUGCCUUUGUUCUUCUCACUGUUGUUGUUGGAGCAGCUUGGAUUUAGUCAAAGGGCUCGUUAGGACACAGGUGCAUUUUGAAGGGGCUUGUUCAGAAUUUCCCUAUAGAUCUAUAGAUCUGUCAGGUUUUUCUUGUUGCUGCCCCGUUGCCUGGAGUUCGGAUGCUGACUGCUGAUCUCUCUCUCUCUCUCUCUCUCUCUCUCUGGUUUUGUCUCCAUAUUAAGCUUACUUACUUGCUGUACCAUUAUUUAGGAUGUGAUCCACCUUGGGUUUUUUGAGACAGGCUUUCUCAUUGGCCUUAAACUCACCAAAUAGGCUAGAUUGGAUGGCCCACAAAUUCCAGGGACCAGCAUCUUUCUGCUUCCCCAGUGACACGUUGAAUGCCACUGCACCUGAUUCUGUUCUGUUCUUUUAUUUUAUUUUCAUUUGUUUGGUUGGUUGUUUUGUUGGUUUUAAUUUUUCUUUCUUCUUGUCUCUGGGGAUGAAGUUCAGGUCGCCAUGCUUGCAUGGCAAGCAUUUUACUGACAGCUGUCCCCCAGUCCCAUACCUUUUACUGUUAUAUCAAAUGUACCUUCUAUUAAACCUGAUAAGUUGAUAUAA